AUGGGAGUUGGUGGAGGAGGUGGUGGAGGAUACUCAUCUGCGCCAAGAGGUGGGCCGUCGCCGAGUUACGGCGGUGGCGGUGGAGGCGGUGCUCGUAGCGUCUACAUGAUGCCAGGAAGCGGAGGCGGUGGAGGAGGAUACGAUGCUGGUGGUGGUGGCGGUGCACGCAGCUGCUACCUGAUGCCCGGAAGCGGAGGUGGUGGCGGCGGAUAUUCAGCUCCGCCACCUAGACCUUCAGACGAGACCAAAACUGCCAUUGGACAAGUAGGUGGGGGUGGUUUUGACAACACGAAAACCGCCAUUGGAAGUGUAGGUGGAGCCGACAACACGAAAACCGCUAUUGGAAGAAUAGAUGCUGACAAUACGAAAACUGCCAUUGGAGCUGUAGGUGGCUUUGAUAACACGAAAACUGCUAUUGGAGGGGUAGAUGUUGAUCCAACAAAAACCGCGAUUGGAACUGUUGGUGGUGCCGACAACACAAAAACCGCUAUUGGAAGUGUAGGAGGCGCUGACAAUACAAAAACCGCCAUUGGAAGUGUAGGUGGUUUUGACAACACGAAAACCGCUAUUGGAAGUGUAGGAGGUGCUGACAACACAAAAACCGCUAUUGGAAGUGUAGGUGGUUUUGACAACACGAAAACCGCUAUUGGAAGUGUAGGAGGCGCUGACAAUACAAAAACAGCCAUUGGAGCACCUGGAGGCGGUAAGGGCUUCUUCAGCAGCGGAGGAGGUGGAGGAGGUGGUGGAGGAGGUUACGACGCCGGCGGCGGCGGCGCCCGAAGCGCCUACUUUGGAGUUGGUGGAGGAGGAGGAGGAGGUGGCUUCGAUGGAGGAGCGAGGAGCUCCUAUUUCGGAGUUGGUGGAGGAGGAGGCGGAGGCGGAGGAGGAGGAGGAAGCAGGCCCUCGUAUGGUGGUGACGGUGGAGGUGGUGGAGGAGCAAGAAGCGCCUACUUCGGUGUCGGAGGAGGCGGUGGCGGUGGAAGCGACGGGUUUGUUAUCAUCUUCAUCCGACAAAUGCCGAGAGAGAAGUUAACUUUUCAGUGGAGCUAG